AUGAACCUCUUAAACGAUGUCUUCCUGUUUGCCGCCUCAAGAUAUCAGGAAAAUGUUGUUUAUGACAACGCCCCUAACACCUUCUCUAAUGUCUCCCACGUUGACUACAGCAGUGAUUAUGAUAAGUAUAAUAGACUUGUACGGGAAGUACAAACCCUAUUGUAUCCUGGUAGUGAGCAUACUGUGUUGGGUAUCGGCAUGGAGCAAAUGCAGAUAAAAAACAAGCAGGGAAAGACUAAGACAUGUUCUGAUGUGGAUAUUGCACUUAUGAAGAAAGUGCUUCCCAAAGGUAAUAGUUGUCCGAAAAAUUUCGACCAGGUAAAAAGGAUGUUGGUUGGCCUCGGUCUUGAUCACCAAAAGAUAGACGCUUGUGUCAAUAACUGCAUCUUGUAUUACAAAGACAACAACGAUGAAGUUGAGUGCCCACACUGCUACGAGCCAAGGUAUGAAGCUUCCACUUCAUCUAAGCAGAAAAAGCCCAUUCCUAGGAAGGUUCUUCGUUACUUCUCGUUGGGUCCUCGUUUGCAAUGUCUGUACAUGUCUUCCCAUACGGCCAAACAUAUGAGAUGGCACCAGGCAAGGCACCAAGGAGAGGAGAGGAUAGAUCCGGAUAAUCUCACACACCCCGCAGACGGGGAGGCUUGGAAGCACUUUGACCGUUCUUUUCCUGAAUUUGCUGGAGACUGUCGAAAUGUCAGACUCGGACUUGCAACAGACGGAUUCAAUCCUACUGGAAACAUGAAUUUGUCUUAUAGCAUUUGGCAUGUGAUAGAAUUUCCGUACAAUCUACCUCUCAACAUGUGUAUGAGGAAAGAGUACAAUUUCUUUACGCUUAUGGUUCCAGGGCCGUGUUCUCCAGGAAAGUGCUGGGAUGUGUACAUGAGACCAUUAAUUGACAAGUUGCAAGAGUUAUGGGAAAAUGGACUCCCUACUUUUGACAGGCAUGGUCAAACUUUAUUCAUGAUGAAAGCAGCUGUUAUUUGGACCAUCAGUGAUUUUCCAGCUUACGGGAUGUUGUCUGGCCAACAAACUAAGGGGUACAAGACUUGCCCGGUAUGCAUAGAUGACGUCAAUUCUAGUUGGCACGCCGACAAAAUUUGUUUAUUGGGAUCUCGUAGACAUCUUCCCGAGGAUCACCAGUGGCGGUGGGAUGCUGAUGCAUUUGAUGUGAUUGAGGAGCAUAAUCCGAAACCCCUAGGGAGGUCUGGUGAGUGGAUUUUAGAGAGGCUUAACCAGCACUGGUUCGGAUAUUUGAGCACGAGUAAAGAAGUAACUAACUUGAAUCCUCCCACUCCUGAUGAGUUUAAGUAUUGGACGCACAAAAGUGUAUUCUUUGAAUUGCUUUACUGGUCGACCUUAAAAUUCAGACACAACUUAGACGUCAUGCACAUAGAGAAGAAUAUUUGUGACAGCGUUCUUGGAACAAUUCUGAAUCUCAAACAUAAGAACAAAGACACCCCCAAAGUCCGUGUUAAUCUUAAGAUGAUGGGUAUACGCCCCCAGUUAUGGCUAGUAGAGAGCAAAAAAACAAAAAAAACCAUAAUGCCGAAAGCAGGCUACACAGUUCAUCCUCAAAAGAAGGCAGAAGUGUUUCAGUGGUUUGGAAAUGUUAAGAUCCUCAUGGGUAGUAGCUGGCAAUUCAAUCUAUCAGUUGUUUCCAACGAUGUUGAACCUUACGGCAGGUUAAGUAAUUCUGAAAGAUUAAGUAAUGAUGAGAUCAAAGAGGCUCAUUGGUGUGUCCUUCAACAUUGCGAAGAACCCGAGUCAUACUUCAAGUCCCAUUUGGAAAGGCAGUAUGGUAACGAAGUCAUACAUAAGAGAGAUUUUCCUGAUUACUUCCCUAUUUGGAUGAUGCAAAUUCAACAGGAGUUUCCUGCUUCUUACGACCCGGAGUUGCACUUGUUGGCUGGAGGACCCCAAAGCCACAGAGUUCGUGCUGGAUGUUUUGUGAACGGUGUUAAGUUUGUGACGUCAGAACGAGAUGAAGGCCAUGUCACCCAAAACAAUAGAGUCAUGGUUGAGGGUCUGGGUUUCAACUACUACGGGAUUCUUCCGAAGUACGAGUGGGAUGAAAAUGAUGAGGCAAUGUUCAAUUGGAUACUGAUGAGAGCACAUGAGAGGUACAAGGACUGGAAUGACAUGGUUGAUGAGGUCAAUAAACGAAAUGAUGCAUUUAAGGAACAACACCCUGACGCGACGGAGGAGCAGAUUAUGGAAAGUGUUCAGUCCCAACAAAUUGAGGUGUUGGGUACGGUUCUCAAAACACGCAAAGGAAAGGAGAUCAGAGGGAUGGGACGAGGAGGCGAGCGAGACUUGAGCCAUUCUUCAAAUGGUUCCACUUCACGUAGUCGUCCUCCUAAAGUUGAUGAGCAGCAACUCCAAGAGGUGCAGCAGUGGUAUGAGCAAAGACUAAAGGAAUCAGAGGAUCGUGCCCAACAACAGUUAACAGAGGUCCAGCGGCGUGCCCAACAGCAAUUCCAAGAGGUCCAGCAGCGUGCCCUGCAUGCUGAGUCUAUGUAUAGUGCUGUGCAGUCCCAAGUUGCAGCCUUAUAUGAGUACCUAGUGAUGAGGCUUUAUGAAGUGGGGGUGGACUUUUUGCUCGAGACAAGGGUAGUGAGUGAAACGGGAUUUGCUCGGGACGAGGCUUUGGUGGUGCUCCCUGGAAAGGCUUUUUGGUAG